AUGACCUGUUAUUAUUUCAUCAAAGUGCCCAGUACUGUUGGUCAGCAGGAAGUACUUCUGACGUUCACUGUAUUCCGCGUGGAACUGAACAAAGACUUUGUGUUUAUUGGCGCCGGGCCUACGGCGGAUAUUAAUGCUGCUGGCGCCUCUGUUUUGUCUGGGACAACUCUACCGGCACCAAUCGCAAUUAACAGCGAUCAAGUAUGGAUUAUAUUUUACGCCGACUCGAGUACCAAUGACAUUGGCUGGAUACUCACAUAUGUUUCUGGAAGCCCAUGCAAUAGCAAUCCCUGUAUGAAUGGUGGGACGUGUCAUAAUUUCUACACCUUUUAUUCAUGUGAGUGUUCACCGCAGUGGACGGGCUCCAACUGUAAUAUUGCCGUCAAUCCGUGUAACUCCUUUCCCUGCAUAAAUGGAGGAACAUGUGACUGGUUGAUCAGUAGUAACGUUUAUACUUGCUCCUGUCCGCCAUCUUGGACAGGUAGUUACUGCGAAAUAGCAAAUCUAUGUGGCGAAAACCCUUGCAAUAAUGGAGGUAUUUGCUCCGAUUUUGGCACUUAUUAUUUGUGUACGUGUCCAUAUGGUUUUACUGGAACACACUGUGAAUCAGAUGUGAACCCGUGCUACAGUCUUCCUUGUAUGUAUGGAGGAACUUGUUUGAACCUCAUUACCACGUAUUUAUGUACUUGUAUGGAUGCAUUCUUUGGUCAAAACUGUGAAAUAU